AUGCCCGCUAUUGCCAUAUUGAUCCCACAUCGCGCCGUUUCCACCGAGACUUCAUCAAACCAGAACGGCAAUUUCCCGCCCCCAGGCUUCAACACCGAGCAAGCAAAGAAGCCGCUGUCAAAAGAGGAACAGUCAAAGUCGCAAGAAAAGGGUCCCAAUGUAUCGAUACCAAAAGAUGAGCCCACCGCGUUGCCAAAGCAUGAAGCUCAAGAGGCUCGGACAUUGUCGGAGUUAGCCACCGAGAAGUCGGAGAAAGCAAAACAAGAGAAAAUGGUAGCCAAGAAGGAAGAAGAGAAGCAGAAGCUCACUAUGUGGCAGAAGGUCAAGAAGGAGGCGGCGCACUACUGGGACGGAACGAAAUUGUUGGUCACCGAGGUCAGGAUCAGCUCAAAGCUGGCGCUGAAAAUGGCUGCUGGCUAUGAGCUUACUCGACGAGAGCACCGACAGCUCCAAAGAACUGUCCAGGAUCUCGGCCGUCUCGUACCCUUUUCGGUCUUCCUCAUCGUUCCCUUUGCGGAGCUGCUUCUCCCCGUAGCUCUCAAACUUUUCCCCAACCUCCUUCCUAGCACAUACGAGGGCCAGUCGUCCAAGGACGCAAAGGCCAAGACGCUGCGAACCACUCGGAAAGAAGUCAGCGGUUUCCUUCGCUCGACAUUGAAAGAGACCGGCUUGCCGAUAUCUACGGAGAAUGCGCAGCGAGAGGAGUUCGCCGAAUUCUUCCGUAAGGUCCGCACAACUGGAGAAGCGCCCUCAACAGAGGAGAUUGUCAAGGUUUGCAAGAUCUUCAAGGAUGAUCUCACCCUCGACAAUCUUUCGCGACCCCAGCUCGUGGCCAUCUGCCGCUACUUGAACUUGACAUCGUUCGGUACUGACAACUUCCUCCGCUACCAAAUCCGCGUCCGUAUGCGCCAAAUCAAGCGCGACGACCGCGCCAUCGCCUUUGAGGGCGUAAGCUCGCUUUCUGUCCCUGAACUUCAAUCCGCCUGCGCAAGCCGCGGUCUCCGCACCUACGGCGUGUCGCCCGCCCGGUUACGCGAUGACCUUCAGACUUGGCUCGACCUCCGUCUCAAGAGCGGCGUGCCUUCGACGCUCCUCGUCCUCUCUAACGCUUUCGUGUACGCCCAAGGCAAGGACUCGGACGCCACCUCCCAAAUCGACGCUCUCCAGGCCGUGCUAUCCAGUAUCCCAGAGGAGCUCUACCACGAGAUCGAACUCGAGGUGCACACCGCUGAGGGCGCCGCGACUAACAAACAGCGUCUUGAAGUGCUCAAGGAGCAGCAAGAGCUCAUUGAUGAGGAGAACGAGCAGAACCAGGGCAAUGAGAAGCAAACCCCUCAGGAUAGGGAGAACAUUGAUGAAGAUGAUAAGCCGAAGCAGGCCGCAAAGGCUGAAGGGAGCAACGAGAUGGAGGCCAGCACUGGAGACUCUGCGACUAGCAUGGGUAGCUCGGAGCGUGCAGAGCAGGACCAGCGGGCUACGGAGCAAGAGGCUGCUGAGAAGAAGGAGGCUAAGGAAGAGGCCGCCAAGAAGGAGUAA